CGGUCACAUGACGGCUGCGCAGGUGUGCAGCGCUUCCGGGUCGGGCUCCAGAAUCGCGGACGGUCCCGCUUCCACUCGAUCGGGUGUGCGGGGGACUAUGGCAUCCUCUUCGGUCCCGCCGGCCACCGCACCCGCGUCCACUGGGGGCCCCGGCCCAGGCUUCGGCUUCGCCUCCAAAACCAAGAAGAAGCAUUUCGUGCAGCAGAAGGUGAAGGUGUUCCGGGCUGCCGACCCGCUGGUAGGCGUGUUCCUGUGGGGCGUAUCCCACUCGAUCAAUGAGCUCAGCCAGGUACCUCCUCCAGUGAUGCUGCUGCCAGAUGACUUUAAGGCUAGCUCCAAGAUCAAGGUCAACAAUCACCUUUUCCAUAGAGAAAAUCUGCCAAGUCAUUUCAAGUUCAAAGAGUAUUGUCCCCAGGUCUUCAGGAACCUUCGGGAUCGGUUUGGCAUUGAUGAUCAGGAUUACUUGGUGUCUCUGACCCGAAGCCCCCCAAGUGAAAGUGAAGGCAGCGAUGGUCGCUUCCUCAUCUCCUAUGAUCGAACUCUAGUCAUCAAAGAAGUAUCCAGCGAGGACAUUGCUGACAUGCAUAGCAACCUGUCCAACUACCACCAGUACAUAGUGAAGUGCCACGGCAACACGCUUCUGCCCCAGUUCCUGGGCAUGUACCGAGUCAGCGUGGAAAAUGAAGACAGUUACAUGCUUGUGAUGCGCAACAUGUUUAGCCACCGUCUUCCUGUGCACAGGAAGUAUGACCUCAAGGGCUCCCUGGUGUCCCGGGAAGCUAGCGAUAAGGAAAAGGUUAAAGAAUUGCCUACUCUUAAGGAUAUGGACUUCCUCAACAAGAACCAGAAAGUAUAUAUUGGUGAAGAAGAGAAGAAAGUAUUUCUGGAGAAGCUGAAAAGAGAUGUGGAGUUUCUAGUGCAGCUGAAGAUCAUGGACUACAGCCUUCUGCUGGGCAUCCACGACAUCAUCCGGGGCUCUGAACCAGAGGAAGAGGGGCCUGUGCGGGAGGACGAGUCAGAGUGGGAUGGGGACUGUAACCUGACUGGACCUCCUGCUCUGGUGGGCUCCUAUGGCACCUCCCCUGAGGGUAUUGGAGGCUACAUCCAUUCUCACCGGCCCCUGGGCCCAGGAGAGUUUGAGUCCUUCAUCGAUGUCUACGCCAUCCGGAGUGCUGAGGGGGCCCCCCAAAAGGAGGUGUAUUUCAUGGGCCUCAUUGAUAUUCUGACACAGUACGAUGCCAAGAAGAAAGCAGCUCAUGCAGCCAAAACCGUCAAGCAUGGGGCAGGGGCAGAGAUCUCUACUGUCCAUCCUGAGCAGUAUGCUAAGAGAUUCCUGGAUUUUAUUACCAACAUCUUUGCCUGAGAGCCUGCCUGACUCCAAGGUGGCGGGUUCUGAGAGGCUCAAGGGAACUGUGGAUAUGUAGCCACUAAUUCUCUUUUUGCUAAAUUCAGGCUGCAGGCUCCUUCCAUCCACAUAACUUCAUCUUGGUGGAUAGGCUUUUCCUGGCCCCCAGAAAUGCACUGUCUUUCUCCCUUUGCCCAUUUUUCUGCCUUCUCUCCCUGCCCCCAGUAAGCCCUCUUGCUUCAUUAGAGUGUUAUUGUUGACUCUCUCCCAAGUGCCUUGAUCUUAGAAAAUAACUUGUUUCUGUAAAAUAGGAAUUGCUGGGGCGGGGGUUGUUUGCCAUGCUCAGGACCUGACUGGACAGUGGAUGCAGCUCAAGCAACUACUCUGGACGCACUUUGCCUUGUGGAGUGAACUGAAUGUCGGGAUUUUGCUGAUAACUUCAUAGAACUCUGUGGCAUUCUUCCUUCCUGGGAGGUCCUGGGAUUGGAGGGCUUUCAGGAUACUGUGGAUGUGAGUGCAGGCAUUCACACAUAAAAAAUGGACAAUCUGGCAUGGAGGUAAAGUGGGGAGUAGUCAGCAGGCUGGUACCUCAGAGGCAUGACCUAAAAAGACUUUUGUGACUAUGCAGAGAAUGAAGAGGGUCUCUGUCAAGCAUUCACUACUGUCCAUUCUCUUCUUGUACCUGCCCUACUUUCACCCUACGCAGCAUGUUUGGAUGCAAGACCCCAGAGAUGGCCAGAAGUGUUCAAGCCUAGGUGCAGGUGUGUGACCACUGCUGCACUUGUCCAGAACCUUUUGCCUUUGCUGGGGCUGGAACCCUUCAGUGAGGGGAGAGGGCAGUGGGGGCUGGGAGGACAGGUCAGAGUGCAAGGUUCCUUCCCCAUGUCUAGGUCUAGCUUUCCCCAAAGUUUCAUUUCAGCAGAAGGUACUAUCUCUACCGGUAAUUUCAAGUAAUUUUAAUUCCGGUAAUUUCAAGAAGAUGCAGGUCUUGAGUGUGGGACCUUCUCAUUCCCUGAAGUGUGUAUUGCCCAUCACACUUCCUUCCCCUACCCUUUCUCAAACCCUCCUUCUAGUUGGAUUUGUUAUUCUGUCCCAUCUUAUACUGCUAAUGUGUCUCCCAGGGGACAGAUGGCCGACUUUAUCAUCUUCACUUUCCACCCCCAGAGAGGAGUCAGAGCCAUAACUCAAUCACCCGGCCCCCUCCAAAGAUAGCUAAGUUGAUGCAUGAUAUCCUCAAAAUGUAGAGGAUCCAGGCAUGAUGGUUUGUGCCUGCAAUCUCAGCACUUAGGAGGCUGAGGCAGGAGAAUUAGAGUUCGAGGUCAACCUGAAUCAAAUAGUUCCAGGAUAGCCUGGACUAGAGUGAGACCGUGGUCUCAGAGGCAUGGGGGAGCAUUGGAGAUACAGCUCAGUUGGUAGAGUGCUUACCUGGCAUGCUGGGUUUGAUCCCCAGGAGUGCAUAAACUAGGUGUGGUAUACACCUGUAAUCCCAUUACUUGGGAAGUAGGGGCAAGAGGAUCAGAAGCUCAAGGUCAUCCUUCCUUGACUGCAUAGUUAGUUCAAGGCCAGCCUGGGAUGUGUGAGACUGGCUAAAAAAAAAAAAAGACUCUAAGGAGAUGAGAUUGUCCUCAUCUCUCCUCAGAGCUUUGGGAGCUAAGACAUCCGUUCUUGUUGUUCCAUUCUCUGGAAGCUUCCACACUUGGGGAAUGCAAAGCUACGUGCUGUGUCUGGCCUGACCAGUCAGUCUCAAGAAGCUAUAAGGCCCUCCGGGAAGCUCCCUUUUACCUUUGCUCCAAAGGAUAUAGCAAGAGGAGUCUCCAAUUGUUGGAAGCCCUGUAAUAUCUUAUUGGAAGGGGCCUGCUGGAUCUCUUCUAUUCCCACUGUCAACCUUUCCCCUGUUGAAUGCAAUAAAGUUCUGUGACACCAGCAGCCAUUCUUUAGAACUGGAUUCUCUGACCAUGAAGUUGUGUAUCAUGGGCAAUAUGGUUGUCUUCAUUUAUUGCUUCUGUUUUUCACCAUUUUUGUUUUAUUAAUAAAAUAUUACUCCUAUUAUCACAA